AUGCCUCCCAACCCUCUCACCCUGAAGCAGCGACUGGCCGCCUUUUCCGCGCCAAAUGCUAGUAGCCGCCCCGAGUCUCAGCCGCAGUCCCCGACUUGGAAGCGACGGGCAUUCUUUGGAGCUCCCUCGCGGAUGCGGUCGUCGAGCAACGCCCAGGAAGGACUAUGGCAGAGUCAUGACAAUGUGCAGGAAGUGAUGACCCGUGUCAUCUUCCAGGCCGGGGUCGAUUAUGAGUACUUUUAUAGGGUUAUCAUGAACGCAUCCGCUCUGCCAGAUGUUCGAGAGGUUAACUACGAUGACUUGCUUGCUCGCAUUCUGGCAUACCUUGAUCUGUAUGUCGAGUCUGACUAUACGGUCGUAUUCUUCGCCGCUGGAGGACGGCACACGCCAGGCUGGAACUGGGUCUGGAAGGCCUACCGCAGUCUCAGUCGCAAAUAUCGCAAGAAUCUCAAGAAGCUGUUCAUCGUGCAUUCGACCUUCUUCACGAAAAUGUUGUUCUCGUUGGCGGGCACUAUCAUCAGCCCUAAGUUCUUCCGCAAGAUAACUUAUAUCAAUACCUUGUCCGAGCUUGCAUGUCAUAUACCACUGACCCAGAUAGAUAUCCCUCCUGCUGUGUAUCAGGAAAACCUCAAACAUGAGAAACAAAUCCAACUACCUACCCCGACGCGUGCGGACCUGUUUGGUGUGCCGCUUGAGGAGCUGAUGGGCUUUGACGGCGAGAAGGGCGGCAUCCCACGAGUCGUGAAAGACUGCAUGCAAUAUUUACGGCAGACGGGCCUGCAGGAAGAGGGUCUGUUCCGCCGCUCGCCGAACUCCGUCAUGCUCAAGCAGGCGCAACAAGCAUACGACAGAGGGCACGUCGUAUCGCUCGACACAUUUGGUGACCCCCACCUCGCUGCUGUACUACUGAAGAAAUUCCUACGAGAUCUGCCAACUCCUCUAUUUCCAGAGCAUCUAUAUCCGCUCAUCUCCCGCUGUCCGGCCCCCUCUGACGACCCGGCUGAUCUGUCAAGUAUCUUGUAUAUCCGCGAAACACUUCUCCCUGAGUUGCCACAUUGCUCUUACAUCCUCCUCAGCAAUGUUCUGCAGAUCUUACACGAGGUCUCUCUGCGAUCUGCGACCAAUCGCAUGGACGCGCACAAUCUUGCAGUCGUGAUCACGCCUAACCUCGUCUCCGGCUCAAAUCCCCUUCGGGAUGUGAUGAUGUGUGCAGUACCAGGCGGCGCGUUCCCGUUCGACUCCACCCCUUCCUUCUCGCCGACCGCAUCCACACCAGCCACGGGCAGGACAACGCUGGGCAUGGUCAUCAAGCUCUGCAUCCAGCGGUUCUACGAAGUUUUCGAUGAGGUGCAUGACCGCAGCGAAGCCAUCCUCCAGAGGCCAUUCGAGCCACGACCGUCGUCGCCCUCAUCGCCAUCCAGCCCUCGGGCGGACCGGAGGAGGGACAGCACGUAUGACGACGACGACGACAUUGACGACGCGAUGCUUGUCAUGCCCAUCGGACCCAGCUCCAGCUCGCAGCCGGCCGGCGCCCGCAGCCCGCCACACGCGGUGCCCUCUGCCAAGGUCGCACGCAACGGGGCGGGCGCGGGGACGACAGGGCGCUCGGUGCACACGACGAUCAAGGGCGGUGGCGGGGCCGCGAGCACGUACAGCCCGUACGGCACAGUCAACAAGGCGCGCUCGACUAUCAGUAUUGAGCGCGGUGGCGCCGCGCGCAAGGGCUCCAUCUCCGUCGGCCGCGGGACGUCGCGCAAGUCGGCGGGCGCGGGCGUGGAGGCGAUAGGGAUCACUGCGGAGGGGUUCUUUGCCGCCCCUGAUACCGCGCCGCCGGUGCCUGUGCUGCCCUCGCAGGUGAAGGCCAACGGAGGGCAGAUGCCGUGA